AUGUCACAGCCUAACGCCAUGUUGGCUCUCUUCCUCGACGGGAACCUGUCAUUCCAGCUCACUCGUGAAGGUUUCGCCGGUUCUAAGCCCAGAUUAAUGAUCCAGAUGCACGACACCUCAAGUGCUGCCACUAUUAUCAUUCCUGGCUAUCAACCUUCAAUGAAAGGAUUCAGCCUCGCCUUCGCCCUCCAAGGAGGCCUACUUGAUCUCUUCGACGCAGGAUCGAAUUCCAAAAUCCCCGUUCCCUCAAACAACGCGCAGCCCGGGGAGCUUGUCGUCAGAGCAGGAGCUCCCAGUCAAUGGUUCAAUCUCAGAUUCGACCCUUGCGAAGACUUCGGCCAGGGUCCGCCAGAGCAAGUCCCCGUGCGUUUCCUCCCACGUCCGAUCAAACUCAACGUCUUCGACGAGGCGACAGCUCCGCCCCAAUUCUCUUUGUCUCUUACUCCAACAAACAAGAUAUGCCACCUGAGCGGCGAACCACGCUUCGGGUUCAAGCUUGAGUUCAUGUCACAUAUAAAUGAAGUAAUCACUGUGUGCUUAUAUAAGACACCCUUGCGAGAACUUCACGGCCUGGAAGAUGUUGCCAUAGUUGAAGACGAAGGCGGCGAAGAGGUUGAAUGGCCUUGGGGCAUAGGAUGUUGGGAAGGUCCUGAGCCUUUCCCCUCUGACGACAACUUCGAGGAGCUCAAGCCUGGCGUACCUUACAAGACAACAUUCUGGCUAGACAAGUUCGACACAAGAACCUCAACUGGAGGCGAGUUAGAGUCACUGCAGGCUAGAACGAGAUACACAGGCAUGGUUAGCGAUGACUUGCGGAGCGGGUUCGGGAAUUGGAGGAGAGGGAACAAAGAGAAGCUUCUAGCCGGGGAUGUGAAGGAGAAGGAGGAGCGAUGGAAAAGUGGUAGCGGAUGCAGCGCGCAGAGUAUCAUUGAGGUGUCGGAUCCGUUUACUUUUGAAACUGCUGCAUGA